CUCUUACCUCCCAUCCCCUUCAAAACCUCGCCGUCCCCCACCCACACUCCAACCUUUCUCCAUCCCACCGCGACCACGCACCUCCUGCGACCUGCUCAAUUACCCUCCAUCAGCACACCGCUUGCAGUUCUCCGCAAGUGUGCCCAUAUCCAUACCCAUACAACAAAGGAUGUGCCCUCCCGUCGACGAAACGCCAGUCAAUGGCUCCAACGGCCAUGCCAAUGGCUCCAAUGGCCACACUAAUGGCACCAAUGGCACGACCAACGGUACCAAUGGAAGCCACGAGGGUUACUCUGCGAUCCGCUCCCAGCACAACCCGCACCCCCACAACGCUUCGCCCUACAAGCCUGUGGGCGACUUCUUGUCGAAUGUCAGCCGGUUUAAGAUCAUCGAGAGCACGUUGCGUGAAGGCGAGCAAUUCGCAAAUGCAUACUUUGAUUUGGAAGCCAAGAUUAAGAUUGCCAAGGCACUGGACGAAUUCGGUGUAGACUAUAUUGAAUUGACAAGCCCUGCUGCUUCUGAGCAAAGUCGGCUCGACUGCGAGGCGAUAUGUAAGCUCGGAUUGAAGGCUAAGAUACUCACCCAUGUGAGAUGCCACCUAGAAGAUGCCAAGAUUGCCGUGGAGACCGGCGUGGAUGGCUUGGACGUUGUCAUUGGAACGUCAAGCUACCUCAGGGAGCAUUCACAUGGCAAGGAUAUGACCUAUAUCAAGAACACCGCCAUCGAAGUCAUCGAGUUUGUCAAGAGCAAGGGCAAGGAGAUCCGGUUCUCAUCUGAGGACUCGUUCCGAUCCGACCUCGUAGAUCUGUUGUCGAUUUACAGCGCCGUUGACAAGAUCGGCGUCAACCGAGUCGGUAUCGCCGAUACCGUUGGCUGCGCAAGCCCCCGACAAGUCUAUGAUCUCGUCCGGACGCUUCGUGGAGUCGUCAGUUGUGACAUUGAAUGCCAUUUCCAUAACGAUACCGGCUGCGCGAUCGCAAAUGCAUACUGUGCCCUCGAGGCCGGAGCCACGCACGUAGACACUAGUGUUCUCGGUAUUGGAGAGCGGAAUGGCAUUACGCCUCUAGGUGGUUUGAUCGCGCGAAUGAUCGUUGCCGAUCGCGACUACGUGCUCAGCAAGUACAACCUCAAGAAGCUCAAGGAUAUCGAAGAUCUGGUCGCCGAUCUCGUUGAAGUCAACAUUCCAUUCUCGAACUACAUCACCGGCUUCUGCGCCUUUACCCACAAGGCCGGUAUCCACGCCAAGGCGAUCCUGAACAACCCGUCAACAUACGAGAUCCUAAACCCAGCAGACUUCGGCAUGUCCCGAUAUGUCCAUUUCGCCAGCAGACUUACUGGGUGGAAUGCCAUCAAGAGCCGAUGCGAUCAGCUCGGCUUGAAGAUGACGGAUGCCCAAUACAAGGCCUGCACGGUUAAGAUCAAGGCGCUCGCAGACGUACGCAAGAUCGCAAUCGACGACACGGACUCGAUUAUCCGAGCUUUCCACCACAAUCUCCAUAACGAGGAGGAGAGGACUCUUCUUGACGGCCUCACUGCAGAAGAGAAGAAGAAGUUCGCAGCAGCGGAAGCGGAACUCCUUGGCGUCAAAGAGAAGAGGGCGCUUGAUGAAGCUGCGGAUGCUCAGGCUGAAGUGCCCGCUGCUAAGAAGACACGGACGGCGGAGGUCUCGUGAAGAUGAUACCAAGAGACCCAUCAGAUUCUAGGGCGUACUUGAAUUUUGUGCGAAUCUUCCAUUCCAAGGUGUUAUCUUUUAGGGGGGGUUUGGCUUGGCAUUUGCAUGUUCCAGGUUUCGGAAAAGUCCUUUAGCCUGAUAUCUCAGGCAUGAGCGAGGAAAACGGCUUCAGGCAGUUAUUUAUCGUCGAGAAAAAGUGGAUGAUUGCGAGGUACAGCACAGACAUUCAGCUAGGACGAAAAAAAUAUACACAAAAGUACAGUCCACCUGGACAUGAGGCGUGGCGUGUUUCAGAACGCGUCUUUAGUGCUCUACUCGAAGCCAGAAAGGUGAUAGGUGAAUAUCUGAAUAUGCUACGAGGGAAAAUUCACUUUCAUACAGAUUGCUACCUACCUGACGGAG